AUGUUUUUAUUACUUAAUGAAACAACUUCAAAUGCGUGGUAUCGUGGAUUAAAAUUAUUACCGUGUCAAGGAGUUGGUUAUUUUUUUGCAAGAAAUCGAUCAUUCAUAACCACAAGAAAUUUGUGCAUAGGAACUGUCUGUAAUAGAUUUUCUGAAUCAAUGCAUGAUAAAUCAGUCUUGCCAAAUUUACAAAACUUGAUCCUUUCACGGUUCAAUAAUCCAAAAUAUAAUUUUCAACCGUUACGUUGGAACACAGGUUUUAAUGGUCAAAAAUCGACUGUUUCGUAUUCUAUCAGUGAACUUUCACAAGAUACGUAUCAUCGCUUUUCAGACAUUACUAUGGAACAUUUGACGGAGUAUUUGGAAAAUCUUAGUGAACAAGUGAACAUAGACGGUUUCGAUGUUGAAUAUUCGAGUGGAGUUCUUACACUUAAGUGUGGUCCUUCUGACACUUACGUACUCAAUAAACAACCACCUAACAAACAAAUUUGGUUGUCAUCGCCUAUCAGUGGACCCAAGCGUUAUGAUUAUGAUUCAACCCAUAAAAAGUGGUUUUAUCAGAGGGAUAACUCAACGUUGGAUGGACUUCUUAAUGAGGAAUUGUCUGCAAUAUUCGGAAUUAAAGUUGAUGUCACUUUACCAGCAUCCAAUUAA